AUGGACAUUCUGGAGUAUUUAGAUGCAUAUGACAUAUACAAUGCGUUGUAUAAUUUAAACUAUCGUCUGAAUUUAGUGAUUAAUGAUGUACGGGUCAGCAAACGGGUUCAUCUAUUUUCGAAUGUAGAUGAAUCACAAUUCAAUUUUAUGUGUAAUGAAAUAUUACCUCAGAUACAGGAUCGAAUAUUAUCUUUAGUCAUUGCUCAUAAUUCUCGUAUACACACACUUACAGUAAUCUUCAAUAGUCUUGAACGAUUUACCUCAUUAAGAAAAUUGACAUUAAUUGAUAUUGAGACAAAAAUAGAUUUAAAAAAUAUUUUAGCAAAACAACAGCAGUUGAGUAGCAUAGAUAUCUCUACGUAUAAAAUUGAUAAUGAAAUGUUGAUUAGCGAUAUUUGUGGCAUGAUAAUAUGUGAAAAGUUGCCUAGAUUAAAAGAAUGUUCACUGAGUUUUCGAAAUAAUUGUAUAUUUAAGAAUGUAACAACUAGUUAUAUUAAAUAUCUAACAAUUGGAUGGUGCUCCAUGACUGAAUUGAUUGUGUUAUUACAUCAUACACCUACCCUUAAAACAUUAAAUAUUCGAUAUUUGCAUGAUUAUGACUUUUCAACCUUAGAUGAUACAAAUUUGGUUGUGAAAAUUUUAAAUGUAUUUCUAUAUUGUGUACCAUUUAAUAACAUCGAAUUGUUGUUGAAACAUAUGUCAAAAUUGAAAAGUGUAACAAUUAAAGGGCAUUUAGAUGAUUAUAAUUAUACAGAUGGCCAACAAUGGCAAACAUUAUUAACAUCUUUCUUACCGCUAUUGGAAAUAUUUUCUGUAAACAUCAAUGUUGCUACAAGCAUAUCAAGUACAGGUGAUCUACUAGCAAGCUUUCAAACAGAGUUUUGGCAAUUUCAGUGGCAUUUAGAAGUCGAAUGUCGAUACAAGAGACAUUUGAUACUCAUUCUCAAUGGGAAACGAAAUGUUAGUCAACAAGAAGCACCGGACUAG